UAAUAAAAUAAACAAAAAAAAAAAAGCAAAACAUUCCAAUCCAACGGCACCAAGAGAAUAACCGGCACAAAUGACGUAACAAAGUGAUACGUGUCAGAAUCUUAUCCCCUUCUCCUCCCUUUUUUCGUGCUAUAUUGAACAAGCUAAAGUAUGAAUUUUGUUUUUCAGAUGAUCUCACAAAAUUAGUUACCCCUAACGAAUCCUCCAAGAGGGAGGAAAACAGGAGAGAGGGAAGUGUGAGGAGAGAGAAAGUUGUUAAUUUUUAGAAACUCUGAUUUUCCAUUUUUUCAGUUUUAGGGCUGAUAAACCGAUCCACUGAGUUGAGUUUUGUUCAAUCGAAGAUUUCGCCGGAAAAUACUUGUUUAUCAGGUGGAAUCAGGUCGCCGGAAUUUGAUUGAUUCAUUGAAUUGUAGUUUGAUUUGAUUGAAAUUUGAGUUGAAUUAUAGAAGUUGAAGAAGAAUUUCGACAAAAAAAUGGUGAAUUCGAUGGUGGAUAGAGCUACGUCCGAUAUGUUGAUCGGACCUGAUUGGGCUAUGAAUAUCGAGAUCUGCGAUAUGUUGAAUCAUGAUCCUGGGCAAGCUAAGGAUGUUGUGAAGGGCAUAAAGAGGCGUAUUGGGAGCAAGAACUCAAAGGUUCAGCUGCUAGCUCUAACGCUGCUGGAGACAAUAGUAAAGAACUGUGGGGAUAUCGUACAUAUGCAUGUAGCAGAGAAAGAUCUUCCUCACGAGAUGGUGAAAAUUACUAAAAAGAAGCCGGAUUUUCAUGUUAAGGAGAAGAUAUUGAUUCUUAUAGACACUUGGCAAGAAGCUUUCGGCGGACCCAGAGGUCGAUACCCACAGUACUAUGCUGCUUACCAGGAGUUAUUGCGCGCAGGUGCAGUUUUUCCUCAGAGAACAGAAAGGUCAGCUCCUGUAUUUACACCACCACAAACGCAACCUCUAUCUAGUUAUCCUCCAAAUGUGCGCAAUUCAGAGCAGCGCCAAGAAUCAGCAGAGGGUUCUGCCGAGGCUGAGUAUCCCACCUUGAGCUUGUCGGAAAUUCAGAAUGCACGGGGAAUUAUGGAUGUUCUGACUGAAAUGUUAAGUGCAAUCGAUCCAGCGAACAAAGAGGGUCUAAGGCAGGAGGUAAUCGUUGAUUUGGUUGAACAAUGCCGAACAUACAAGCAAAGAGUCGUGCAUUUAGUGAAUUCCACUUCGGAUGAGUCACUGCUUUGUCAAGGUCUGGCUUUAAAUGAUGACUUGCAGAGAGUACUUGCAAAGCAUGAAGCUAUUUGUUCGGGAACUGUCUUGUCACUGGAGAAUUCUAAGCCUGAAUCCAAUAAAGCUCUAGUUGAUGUUGAUGCUCCUCUGGUUGAUACAGGAGAAACCAGCAAACAAGCUGAUGGAAGUUCUGCUUCAGGUGCAACUCUUCCAGCUCCCCAAGCAAAUGGCUCUACAACUACUACACCAAGUAAAGCGGAUUCCAAAAUUGACCUCUUGAGUGGUGACCUUUUAGGUGAUGAUUUUGGUACAUCACCUGCACAGGACUCGUUGGCUCUAGUUCCGGUGUCUGCACCUCAGCCUUCAAGUCCUAUUCCUUCCGAGCAUAAUGCUUUGGCUCUUGUUGAUAUGUUUUCAAUGGACAACUCUCCAGAAUCCUCAAAUUCUCAGCCUGCCUUUGCUGGACAAGGGCAAGGAUAUCCUUUAGCACCAGAACUUCAACAGCAGCAUAAUUUACAACCAACACCAUUUGCAAACGGAAUCACUACAAGCAUGGGGAUGCCUCAAUAUGAACAGGCGGGAUAUUCACAACCUGGAGGUGCUUCCUGGAAUCCGCAGGUUUCCCAGCCGCAGCCACAACCAGCAUCCCCUGUCUAUGGUUCUCAAAACGGAGGAUCAUUGCCACCACCGCCAUGGGAGUCUCAGCCUGCUGAUAUCAAUCAGUCAUACACUCCUCAAUAUUCUUCAUCAAUGCAGCCCCCUCCAAUGUCGGGUCAACAAGCAGCGAAUUUCCAGGGUGGCGUGCAUCCCUUUACCCCUCAACCUGGAAAUGAUCAAAUGUAUGCGCAACACAUGGCAGGUGGCCAGAUGCCAGGAAUGAAUGUGCAACCUAUGCAGCAGAACCAAAUGCCAGGCGGCAUGUUCCCUCAGCAGCCUUAUCAGGGAAUGAUGGGUAUGGUUCCCCAGCAAAUGCCAGGUGGCCAGAUGAACUCUAUGUAUCCCGCGCAAAUGUAUGGAAAUCAAAUGGCGGGUUAUGGCUAUGGUUAUGCGCAACAGCAGCCUGAUGCUCAAUAUCUUGAUCAGAGAAUGUAUGGAUUGUCUAUGAGGGAUGACAGUUCUCUGAAGAACAAUUCCAACCAGAACUCAAUGGCUUCAUACUUACCCCCAAUGAGGCAGCAGUCUAAGGGAGAGGACAAGUUAUUUGGAGAUCUUGUUGAUAUGGCGAAAUUGAAGCCGGGAAAAUCUACUCCUAGUAGAACUGGGAGUAUCUGAUGUGGUGGGGUGUUAUUGCAUUUUAAAUCUAGAUGUUUUUGGAAAUUUAGCUGGCUUUGCUAACUUGAUUCAUUUCGUUGCAUUUUUCUUCCACCCUCCUUUUCUUUUUCCCGGGGUAAUUUUCUGUCUUCCCCAACGACUAAAAAGUUAUUCCAGUAUAUAUGUCUUUUUUUCGCUGUUUCACCCAUGUUUGAGCGUAUCUCUAUAUGGGCAUUGGAUUUGAUGUACAUCAUCUUGUAGUCAGGUUGAAUUGAUUUGAGGUCUCUACUUUUUCUUUUAAAUAAAUUCCUUGUAGUCACAUUCUCACAUUUUUCUUGUAAUGACAGCAUAAGGUGAUUGUUAA